CAAAUAUCUACCAUCAACAAAAAAGAAACAGAAUUUAUUUUGUUAUUUUAAAUAGAAAGCUUAUUAUUUAUAGCUUGCAAUGGCCGCAAAUAUUGCUGCAGCAGCUGCUGCUGCUCAAGAAGUGGACCCGGUGCUGAAAAAAGCCGUCAAAUUGCUGCACUCGAGCAAUCCAAGCUCCGCUGCUGAACUUCGCCUGUUGCUGGAUGAGGCGCUUAAAUUGCGAUUUGGUCCGGAGAAGAUGAUAUCGAAGAACAUGAGCCAGCGCAUGAUGGACGACGAGGCCAAUUUUCCGGGACGUGCGACACCGCAACCGCCGGCACAGACGAUGGCAACCGAUGAGAUUAUCAAUCUGACCAACUCGCCGGAUAAAGUGCCCUCGGAUUCACCCGACACCAUUGCGGAUUCAGAUGAUGGUGUUGUCAACACCGGCGACACUGGCGACUUUGGGGACUUGAAUUGCUGCGUUUGUGGUGAAAUUGUAUUUACAGCCACCAAUCGACUAAUCGAGUGCUCAAACUGUGGUGCUCUGUACCACCAGGAGUGUCAUAAGCCUCCCAUUACCAACGAGGAGGCAGCCGACGAUCAGGAGCACAUUUGGCAAUGUGACACUUGCUGCAGCAAACCCUCGACCAGCCGGGCAGCUGCUAGUACAGCCAUAUCCACACCCACUGUUGUUAUUCCCGACGAUCCCAUGCCACUGGCCAGUAAAACCAAAUCAUCGGUGCCCUCGUCGCGUUCAUCUACCUCCUCUAAUUCCUCGUCACCCUUCUACAAGCCGGAGGCGAGCAGCUCGACAAAUGCAAGCAGCAGUAGCAGUAGCAAACAUGGACACAAGUCAUCCUCCUCCUCAUCCUCGAAGUCGCACAAGGAGGAGCGAGCAACAAAGUCUGUGGCACCCGCACUGAGUGCCAUCAGCGCUCCAGAGAAGCACAGCAGCGGCACCUCCUCCUCUUCCCGACGCGGCAGCUCGAAUGCUAAAUCCAGUUCCAGUAAAAGCAAGCAUCACGAGAGCAGCGGCAGCAAACGCAGAAACAAAUAAUGAUGAUGAUUCUUAAAUGUAAAUCUAUUAAUUUGUAGAAAUAUAACAAUAAGUAUGAAAAAUAUUCGUUUAUUCUGUAUCAAUAAUCAAAAACAUUGAACCAAUUUUUGUUUAACUAAUAUAAAUGAGUUAAAUGAAUCA